CACAAAGUUAGGAACGAAUAAGCAUCCACUCGUCAUCACCUGUCUAAUAACGAACUGAGGAGAUAAAUAUAUUUGUUAAAAUACAAAUACGGGAGUAACUACAGUCUUGGUUUAUGUGGAUUUUGAAAUGGAAAAUGAAACGGACGUUUUCCCAUAUUAAAUGGAUUAUGAUCAUAUUAGCAAAUCCCGGUACUGGACUGCAUAAGGUGCUGAGUUUGGCUCUGGCUGACCUGCUCUACCUCCUCACUGCUCCCUUCAUCGUGUAUGACAGCCUGGCUGAUGACUGGGCGUUUGGAGAAUUGGGCUGUCGCCUCCUGUUCAGCCUGGACCUGAUCACCCUGCACGCCUCCAUCUACACCCUCACCGCCAUGAGUCUGGACCGCUACCGGGCCGUGGCUAACCCCCUGGCCACCUCCUCGUCCCCCUCCUCAGGGCUGCUCCGUGUGGGCCUGGCCUGGGGUCUGGCAGUGGCCCUCAGCCUGCCCAUGAUGAUCACCCUCCACCUGGAGGACGGAGACGAGGGACAGCUGUGUGUCCCGGCCUGGGACGAGCAGAGCUCCAGGGCCUAUAUGAGUGUGCUGUUCUGCACCAGUAUGAUAGGACCCGGGCUGGCUAUCGGGGCGCUCUACGCUACUCUGGGUCGUCUCUACUGGGUGUCCCAGACCAGGCCCUGGGCCAGUGGUAGCGGGGGGAGCACGGCCUACCCUCCACGGGCUCCGAGGCCCAAGGUUCUUCUUCUUAUCCUGGGGAUCGUCCUCGCCUUCUGGGCCUGCUUCCUGCCCUUCUGGGUGUGGCAGCUUUUGCCGCUCUACCGGCCGGACGUGCUGCGGAUUGUACCGGUGGGGACGCAGGUGACCGUGAACCGGAUCCUAACGGGGCUGACGUACGGAAACUCGUGCGUGAACCCGUUCUUCUACACACUGCUGACAGGGGGUAAACGGCGGAGGAACAGACAGAUGACAUCAGCGAAUCAGCUCUGUCGCAAAAGCAGUCCACAGUAGUGUUAAGGAUCACACUAUAGACUGCAUGGGGCGGGGGUGCUUAAACAAUAUCAGAGCUGAACGCCUUUGUCUCUUUUUGAAAUAGCAGAAGACAUUUCACCAAGAUAUUGUUACACUGCAAAGACUAUACCAAAGAAGCACUUUUUAUGAAUGUUUUUGAUCAAACCAUAUUUCCUAUUUGGAAAUUAAAAAGCAGUUGGUCUAAUUGUGAUAUAGGAUGAACAAAAAGACAGUUUCUGUUGUGUCAAAGCUUCAAAACUGUCGAACAGAAGUAGCAAAUGGAUUUUAUGAAUUUCCUUAACUACGUAUGACAUCCGGGCCAACAGGGAAGCAGAAAAGCAGUUGUCUUACAGUUUAGGCUUUAGUAAAAUGACAACACGCUUCUACCAGUCUGGAAUGCCAUCAAAUAAAAUAUUUUGCUUUUGAAACACAAAUAGUCACUGGUCACAAGAUUAGAUUUUUCUUUAAAACAUUGUUUAUUGACGAAGAACAUUAUGUUUUCGGGGUCAUGCCCCUCUGAACUUGAUAUGCUUUUUAAAACUAUAGACCUUGUUUUAUUAUUAAAACCUGCAUGCUGGGGUGUGUAAUGAACUGUGCAGUGCUUUGCAUGGUCACAAUGACAAAGCUGUUUUUAUAUCAAGGUUGAUGUGUAUUAAUACAACCUGAAUUAAA